CGACCGCCUCUCCUUUUUCUCUCACUCUCAUAUUCUCACCAAAAUCUAAUUUCACUCAAUACCUAACCCUAUCAGAGCAAACACCGCCGCCACCGUCAGCCCCCAGCCUGCCUGCUUCUCGUGAAGCCCCACCAGCCACCGUCAGCCCCCAGCCGCCGCCACUCUUCUCUUCCUCACCGUUCCUGUGUUCGUCGCGAAGCCCCACCAGCCACCGUCAGCCCCCAGCCGCCGCCACUCUUCUCCUCCUCACCGUCUCUGUGAUCGUCGUCGUCGGCAGUGACAGAGGGUGCCGUCGUCGUCCUCGAUCCUCUUCUCCUCUACGUCACGCGAACUGUUGCUCUAUCCUCUUCAGGCGCGUCCUCUCCUCCGUGAAUCUCUGCCCGGAGCCUCGCCGUGGAAUCUCUUCUCGGCGCCUCGCCGUCGCAAACUGAUCCACUCCCGAGGUCACUCUGUCACCGCCGUUCCUCCCUCGCCGUGUCUCCGACUGGUUCGCUUUUCAGAAAGGGGCAGCUGCUAAUGAAGUCAAAAGGGGAUAGGGACAGGAAACGCCAUGAUUCUGAAGAAGACGAUAGCAAUCUGCCCAGGAAAUCAGGAGGAGAUAUGGAUAGGAAUCAAAGAGCUGAAAAGGGACUACAUACGACCCAGUUCAGAGGAGAAGAGAACAGAGAGCUGCAGAGGAAAACAGAAAGGGAUGGGAAUAGGAGGCAUAGAGAUGGAAGGGAUGGUGCCCAUCAUGAUUCGGGGGAAGAAGAUGGGGAGCUGCCCAUGAAAUCAGAGAAGGAUAGGGAUGUGGUGCAAAGAUUUGAAAGGUAUGGUGCACAUCAUGAUUCAGAUGAAGAAGAGGGUGAGCUUCGCAUGGACUCAGAAAGGGAAAGGAAGCGUCAUGAUUCGGAAGAUGAUAGGGAGCUGGUUAGGAAAUCAAAGAGGGAAAGAGAUAGGGAUAGGACACGUAGAGUUGAUAAGGAUGGUGAGGAAAAAGAUGAUAGGAAGCAUAUCAGUAAAUCAAGAAGGGAAAGGAGGCAAAGAGUUGAAAGAGAUGGAGCAAGCCGUAAUUUGGAGGGAGAAGUUGAUAGGGAUCAAUUUAGGAAAUCAGAAAGGAAUAGGGAUAGAAGGCAUAGAUCUGUAAAGGAUGGUGCCAGGUAUGAUUCAGAGGAUGAUGAUGAGGACCUGAACAGGAAAUCAAAAAGGGAUAUGAGGUAUAGAGGUGAAAGAGAUGAUGAUGAUGAUGAGAAGGGUCAGAGAGAUAAUGGGAGAGAAGAUAAUAGGAAGAAAGAGGAUGGACCUCGAAGGAUAGUUGAAAACACAAGACAUCAAAGACAGUCAACAAUCCCAGAAGGUAACCUGAAUGGUGAUGCAUCUAAACUGGGAAAGAGUGGUGGUGUUUACAUUCCUCCAUUUAAGUUGGCUCGGAUGAUGAAAGAAGUUCAGGACAAAAGCAGUGCUGAGUAUCAACGGUUAACAUGGGAUGCUCUGAGAAAGAGCAUUAAUGGGCUGGUGAACAAGGUUAAUGCUACUAAUAUAAAAAACAUAAUUCCAGAGUUGUUUGCAGAGAACUUGAUUAGGGGAAGAGGCCUAUUCUGUCGGUCAUGUAUGAAAUCUCAGAUGGCAUCGCCAGGAUUUACAGACGUCUUUGCGGCAUUGGUUGCUGUUGUGAAUACCAAGUUUCCCGAGGUAGGCGAUCUUUUGCUUAGAAGGAUUGUUUUGCAGCUCAAGAGAGCUUACAAGCGGAAUGACAAGCCCCAAUUACUAGCUGCUGUUAAAUUUAUAGCACAUCUGGUGAAUCAGCAAGUGGCUCAUGAGAUCAUUGCUCUAGAGUUGCUCACAGUUUUGCUGGAGAAGCCUACGGAUGAUAGUGUUGAAGUAGCGGUUGGGUUUGUAACAGAAUGUGGGUCAAUACUGCAGGAUCUGUCACCCAAAGGUCUUCAUGGUAUCUUUGAGCGUUUUCGUGGAAUUCUUCAUGAAGGAGAAAUUGACAAACGUGUUCAGUUUCUGAUUGAAGGCCUAUUUGCUAUAAGAAAAGCCAAGUUUCAGGGUUAUCCAGCUGUUCGUCCUGAACUAGACCUUGUGGAGCAGGAGGAUCAAUUAACUCACGAAGUCUCAUUGGAUGAGGAAAUAGAUCCAGAAAUUUCUCUUGAUAUUUUCAAGCCAGACCCUAAUUUCCUGGAGAAUGAGAAGCGUUAUGAAGAGCUGAAGAAAACUAUACUGGGUGAGGAAUCUGAGGAUGAGGAAGGCUCUGAUGCAGAGUUGGACGAUGAUGAUGUUGAAGAUGAUGAAUCCAAUGAAGAAGAUGAUGAGGAAAGCAUGCAAAUCAAAGAUGAAACAGAGACAAACCUUGUUAACCUUAGAAGAACAAUUUACCUAACAAUUAUGUCCAGUGUAGAUUUCGAGGAAGCUGGUCACAAGCUUCUGAAAAUCAAGCUAGAGCCUGGGCAAGAGAUGGAAUUAUGCAUUAUGCUUUUGGAAUGUUGCAGCCAAGAGAGAACAUAUCUCCGAUAUUAUGGUCUUUUGGGGCAGCGUUUCUGCAUGAUCAAUAAAGUAUAUCAAGAGAAUUUUGAGAAGUGCUUUGUCCAGCAGUACUCAAUGAUUCACCGGCUUGAAACAAACAAGCUACGAAAUGUGGCUAAAUUCUUUGCUCACCUACUUGGGACAGAUGCUCUACCUUGGCAUGUUUUAUCGUACAUACGCCUGACUGAAGAGGACACGACAUCUUCCUCCCGUAUAUUCAUCAAGAUCCUCUUCCAGGAAUUAUCAGAGCAUCUUGGCAUCCGACUGCUAAAUGAGCGGUUAAAUGAUUCAACAAUGCAGGACUCCUUUGAGUCGAUCUUUCCGAAAGAUAACCCAAAGAACACCCGGUUCUCCAUUAACUUCUUCACAUCCAUUGGACUUGGUGGUCUUACAGAGAACUUGCGUGAGUAUUUGAAGAAUAUGCCGCGUCUCAUCAUGCAACAACAGAAACAAGUUUCAGAUUCUGAAUCUGAUGAUGAGUCAGGGAGUUCAAGUUCAUCUGAUUCAGGAACAGCUAGUUCUGAAUCAGAGUCUGACUCAUCAAGUUCUGAUGAAAGUGAUAGUGAUAGGGACAAAAGGCGAAGAAAGCGGAGAAGAAAGUGAAGCAAACGAAUUUAUUUCCUUGUCCAGGGUCCUUGCUUCUGUAAAACUGUAUUAUGAGGGCUUAGUAUGCUGUCCGGUUUUGAAUUUUGUUAAGAUCAUAUUUUCAUAGAACUUGCUCUGCUUUGAUGUUUUCUCAUCCCAAACCACCGAAGUAGAAUUUGUAAGCUGUAGUAACUUGGGGUGAAAUAAUAAUUUAGUUGAUCGUAGUGUUCAAGCCGUUUUUUUUUGUCAUGCUUAGUUGCUACAGAUGAGGUUCUUUCUUCCUUGCACUGUCAUCGUUUCUAACAUUGGUCAUUAGUUUUGCUCGAGGCUUGUUGACGUGAUGUGAUGAUUGUGUUGCACAAUUAUAUUUCAGUUCUUUCGGCAUUUUCAUGUCUUA